CUGUUCUCUCCCGACAGAAUCCCAUGUAUUCGUCCCAAAAAGUUUAAUAUCGGUUUCCACGGUGUGGAUUUAGUGUUUUGAGUGUUCAGUGUACGUCUUAAAGUGAUAAUCGUCGUCGGCCCCGUCGUUUUUCCCCGUUCACGCCGGUAUGGAGGCCGGAUGGGCCCGGAUGGUCCGCGGUGGAAGCGGGGGGAAGCUGAUUUUUUUGGUAUCGGUCAGAAUCGUUUUUUGCUAGUUGAGCAAAUUAUUGGUUAUUUUUCUUCUUUGUACGUGGUGGUCAUUGACCAGAAGCGAAAAUCCUCGACGGAAGUCGGCAAUGGGCGAAUGAUCCUAGCAGUCGAGCCCAACAUUUUUUGUGAAACGCAUAAUUGAAUUGAAUUGAAUUGAGGCCUGACAAAUUUUUUAGUUAUUUAUUAUCAAGGCAAUGAUUGUUCUAUAUGACAGAUUUUCUGGUAGAGAAGAAAUUUGUGCUGUUUUUGCAGUCGCACUAAAUUACUAUGAUGAAUUCACUAGCACGGCGUAUGUUAUUUGCAAUCAGCCUUCGCAAAUCUUACUCUCUUUACUGGAAGCGCAGGUUUAACCUAGAAAUGGUAUUACCAACAGUAAACAAAUUUAGCUCCCAAACAUUUAACCAAGAUGUAUGCUGGAAGUGCGGUCUAGAGCGAAAAAAUAUCACUAAAGUGUUUUGCGAAGAAUGUAACACUGUACAGAACCCUUACGAAAGCGCCAACUACUUUAAAAUCUUUAAUUUAGAGGAAAAAUUUGAUAUCGACCCAAAGGUACUACAAGGCAAAUACAGAAGACUGCAAAGUGUUUUGCACCCUGAUAAAUUUACUACUAAAAGUGAGGAAGAACGAAAUAUCUCCGAGAAUUUUUCAUCAUUAGUAAAUAAAGCAUAUAACGAAUUACAGCAGCCGUUAAAAAGAGCAGAGCACUUACUAAAGUUAAAAGGUGAUAUUGGUGAAAAAGAAAUAUCGGCAGAGCCAGAAUUUCUAAUUGAAAUGAUGGAACGAAAUGAAGAGAUGGAAAAUAUAACUGAUCCCAAAAAAUUAAGAGAGCUAAAUUUAAAAAAUAAGAAUGAACUCGAGAAAAUCGCCAAGGAUAUUGACCAGUAUUUUAAGGAAAACAACUUGGAAAAAGUGAAGCAGUGCAUACUGAAGAUGAAGUUCUAUUCCAGUUUGGGUCACAGGAUAAAUUCAGUUAUGAGAGAAUUGGGAAUUGUCGAUUGAAAUUCAUAAUAACUUUGUGUAAACAAAAUUUGGGCUUCCUGUGUAUAUAGUGUAUAAAAUAUAUAAAAAUUGUACUUGUACAGCAAAAUUAGGUUAUGCUACAAAUACUUUUAAGAUAAUUACGUAAUAAAUCGUUAAAAUGAGCUAGGUAUAUACAGUGACUAUGCUCUUAUUUAUUUGUUUUUUCCACAAUCUAGUUAAUGAAAAACUAAGAGUUGAUGGUAUUCAUAUAUGAACUCUGCUGUUUCGAUAUUUUAAUAGUAGCUAAUAAUAGUAAAUAUUCUUUAAAACUCAUUAUACUUGGAUGAUGGGCUGCUAAAUAUAAACAAUCAAACCUUUCACCAGUUCAUUCUAACUACAUAAAAGACAAUAAAACAUUAUUCCUGGCUUUGUUAUUUUUAAUGGUAUGUGGUUUGUAGAAAAUGGCGCAAGAAAAAAUUCCUGCCACAAAAUUCAUUUUUAUCGUAUUUAUUACAAUAACUGUUCCGAUGAAAUAAAAUUUUG